AUGUUUAAUAAAAAAUUUAAAAAACAAGUUACCAUUUCUUUUAAUGAAUAAGAAGCAUAAGAAUAAUUAAGUAAUAAUUCUAUAGCUUCCAAAGGAGUUUAGACGAAAAAGAACAAAAAUUGUUUGAAUUAUGAUGAUGAAGAAAAUAAUGAUUAAAUUAAAAAAUAUGUGAAAAUAGACAAUAAACCUGUAGUAGAAGCUCAAAAAGAAGUGAUUUAAAUAGAGAAUUAUGAAUACAUUAAGGAAUUAGAAGAAGAAAACAGAAUGAAUAAUUAUCUAGCUAAAAAAAGUUUAGAAAAUGUUGAGGAAAUCAAUAUUAUUGAUUUAGAGAAUGAUGGAUUAUACGAAGAUGAUGAAUAAAUAAAAAGAAAUAAAAAUCAUUAAGAUGUUAUAAUAAUAGAUGAAACAGAUAAUAACUUAAUAACAGAUAUGGAUAAUAAGAGAAUGAGCAUGAUAGGGAUAGCAAAAUAAUAGAAGCUUUUUUACGAACAUAAUUCAGAUGAUGAAGAAUUCAAUAGAUUUGAAAAAAGCAUUAUAAAAUCUAAUAAGGUAUCUUAUGAUUAUGCAAAUAAUGGCUACAAAUCAUUCAAUUUCAAUGACUCUUAAUAAAUGCAUUAUUGUAGUUUCAUGGAAAACUUUUCAUAGAUUAAUUUGGAAUCAAUAAUUGGAAAUUUAUAAUCACUUAUAUCUUAAGAAACCUUUAAAAGAGAUCGAUUACAAAAAGAAGUGGAAAGAUCUACAUCAGCUAUUCACUCAAGUGAAAUGUUAAUAAAGACUUGGUAAGAAUAAAACUAAGAAUUAUAAAAAUAAUUAAGAGAUUUUGAAUUAGUUAAUGAAUACUUUUAAUGUUUCAAUGAUAUGGCUAAACAAAAGGUAAAAUUAUGUAUUAAUUUUUAGAUGCCAACUCUUUUAAAAUUAUAUGACGAGUUUGAUGAAAUGAGAGAUGAGUAUUAUAAUUUAAUUGAAGCAAGAAUAGAAGAAUAAUAAUUAAUAUUUUCUGAAUUAUUUUUAGGAUUGCCUAAUGAAAUCAUUAUAAAUUAUGCCAAAGAUAUCUGUAUACAUAUGGAUGAUGUCGAUGAAGAGUAUGCUGAUUUAGAAAAAAUAUGUGAAAAUUACUUUAAUGUAAUGUUUGUAGUUCCUAAUGCUAAAGUUUUACAACCAAUCUUUGAUUUUCAUGUUUUAGUGAGAUUUAUAGAACUCUAUUGUGAAAAUAUAGAUGAUUGUGAAUCUGAUUUAUUUGAAGGCUUAAUCACUGAUUAAUCUUUAUUAUGUCAAUUGAUAAUGGAAUGCAGAUUUAUAAAAGGAUUAUUAACAUUAAAUCCUAUUCAAACCAAAUUUGUUCAAUAAUUUUUUAGAUCCAUUUUAAAACAUACAUAUCAAUUUUUAAAAUAAUAAAACUCAGACGAAGCACAAAAAAGUUUGAAUUUCAUUAAAUCAUUACUUGAUUCAGUUUUGAAAUCUAUAUACAAGAAACCUUGUAUUUAUGGACCAUAAAUAGUUUAAAAUUUAAGUUUAAUGAAAGACAUUUUACCUAAAGAUUCACUAGAAAAACUGAUAAAAAAUUUUUAAUGA